AUGAAUAAAGAGAUAAUAAAUAAAAAGUGUGACAAUAAGAGAAAGAGUUCAGUGAAACGAACGAAGAUAUCGUCGCAUAAGAAGUCGAAGAAUGGAUUGAAACCAAGAAAAGUAUUGAUUGACACGAUUUGUGACACCACUCGUAAUGACAAUGAAGACCACUUGAGUGACAAUAAGACCGAUGGAAACCAAUUGACUCACAAAUUGGUGUCUAAAGAAUUGAACGAUAAAGAGAUAACGACUGACACAACAACUCGUGGAUAUAAUACACGCAAUAGUCGUGUCAAACGAUCACUAAAUAUAACACAUAAUAACUCAAAGAAGAGUUCAGAAGAUUUGAAUGACAACAAGAGUGACAACACUGACGAUGAAGACUAUGUCAGCGACAACGAGACCAACGAUGAAAGUGAAGAGAAUAGUGAUGCGGAUAAUGACCGGCCGUUUGUGUGCACUCAUGAGUCCUGUGGUAAGCGUUUCAAAAGGAAAGAACAUCUUAAAAAUCACGUCAAUAGCGUUCACUCAACCGAUAGGCCAUACGUUUGCGGUUACGAUGAGUGCGGACAAUGUUUUACUUCAUCUAAAGGGCUGUCCGCACACCGACGACGAGUUCAUCAGAACGGAAAACCCCGCACAAGACGGGCCGCACGUAUUGGAUCGAAAUCUAUUAGAGACCCAUAUGUCUGCACUCACGAGGAAUGCGACCAGAUAUUUAAAUACAGACCUGAUUUGGACAAACAUCUUAUAACAGUCCAUCCGACACAUCUGUCCUAUGUUUGCGAUUACCCGAAGUGCGGCAAAGCGUGCGCCACAAUGAAGCGCUUGUAUGACCACAAACUUGACGUCCAUCCGCCUCAAAGCGGUGGACAGCCCUGUGUUUGUCCGCACGAGGGAUGCGGUAAAGUGUUUGCAUUCAAACGCAAACUUCACGGACACAUGAAAGGCGUGCACAGAAAACAUGACUUUAAAAUGAUUGAUGUAUGUGUGGACACAACCAAACUAUUGAGAGUCAACACCCAGAAGAAACUAAGUGUUAGGGGCCAACACGUGACGUGUUUGGUGACCGGGUGUGGACUCGUGUGCAACUCAUUCAGUGAAAUAAGAGCCCAUAAAAGAGAGGCCCACCCGGAGCUGGUCAACCGAUGCCCGUGGCCCGGGUGUGACUUUAUUGAAACUUAUGGUCUUUCUAUACGAAGGCAUAUGAUUGCACACACAGAUGAGCGGCCGUACGCGUGCGAAUGGCCCGGUUGUGACUAUAGGGCCAAACGUAAGGGUAGACUCAUUGAACACCAAUUGGUCCACAGUUCAGAUCUGAUCCACGCGUGCGAUUGGCCCGGAUGUGGGUUUAGCACCAGACGUAAGGGUGAUCUAACUCAGCAUAAGGUGGUCCACAGCGCUGUGCGUAACCACGCGUGCGAUUGGCCCGACUGUGGGAAACGGUUUAAGUUUAGGACACAAUUGAAUAGUCAUCUGAAGAGAGAACACACGGGGAAAGUGUUUGCCUGCGAUCGUAAGGGCUGUUCAUUCAACAUCAUAAGACUGGAAGUACUCAACACUAAAUUCAAUGUCAUUAUCACUGAAACUGCAAAACUAAAGAUACCAUUAAAGGCUUCAAAUGUCAAUAUAAAGGUUAAUAACCAGAAGAAUGAAGUGAUAAAUACGUCAAACACUAACAAUACUAAUGAUGGACACAAACGGGCGGUCACUCGUGUCAAACGCGUGAAGAAAUUACCACAAAAUAGUGAUACCUCUGGCCAUCGAUACAAAGCCAAUGUUUGCAAAAGUGAAGCCAUCGAUGAAAAUGCAGACACAACUCAUGGAUACAAUACACGCAACAGUCGUGUCAAACGAGUGAAAAAAUCGCCACAAAAUACGAGACAUAAAAAGUCGAAGAAGGGGUCAGAAGACACACAUGUGAUGAAUGACAUGAAUGGUGAGGACAGUGACAAUAAAAUCCACGAGACCAUCGAUGGUAUCAAUGAAACGAAUUCCCCGUACUGUGACUCGCCGUAUGUAUGCACUCAUGAGUCCUGUGGUAAACGUUUCAAAAGAGAGAUUCUUCUUAAGAAACACACGGUUUGUGUCCACCAAACAGAUAAGAGUGUUGUCUGCGAUUACAACAACUGCGGGAAAGUGUUUGUCAAGUGGGAUAGUUUCCGCACUCAUGAACAUAACAAACAUGGCAUACGUCGAAGCGAUACGAAGCUUAAGAAUGCGUUUGUCUGCACUCACGAGGACUGUGGCCAACAGUUUGCCACCCGAUAUCAUCUCGAAGAACACUACCCUUCCGUUCACCCGUCAUAUGUGCCGUAUGUUUGCGAUUACGAAAAGUGCGGCAAAGGGUUCGCCAAAUGGUCGCGACUUUACGACCACAAAAGGGACGUUCAUUUAAAGCGGAAGUACGAAAACGUGAUGGUCGGCCACACCCGGCACCGAGUCUUACGACAUAAGUGUACGGCUAAUGGAUGCGACCGUGUGUUUGACACCAAAGCCGAGUUACGGGCGCAUCGAGAGGGCGAGCACCCGGAUCUGGUGAAGAGGUGUCCGUGGCCUGCGUGUGAUUACAGCACAUGUUUUGAUAAUUUAUUAAAGUUUCACAGUAAGAGCCAUACCGAUGAGCGGCCGUACGCCUGCGAAUGGCCCGGUUGUGACUAUAGGGCCAAAAUGAAGGGUAGACUCGUUGAACAUCAGUUGAUUCACGGAUCCGAUCUGAUCCACGCUUGCGAAUGGCCCGGAUGUGGGUUUCGCACCAGACGUAAGGGAGAUCUCACACAACAUAUGGUGAUCCACAGCGCUGUGCGUAACCACGCGUGCGAUUGGCCCGACUGUGGGAAACGGUUUAAGUUUAGGACACAAUUGAAUAGUCAUCUGAAGAGUGCGCAUACGACAAUUCUCAAAGACUUGAAUCACUUAUCACUCGAAGACAUCCAAAGACUCGAAGUAUUGGACAAUAAAUUCAAUGUCAUUAUCACUGAAACGGCCGCUCAUUAUCACCAGAAAUCGCAAAUCUCUUCCAAAGGCAAUGAAGUGCCGGAAGAGACCAAAGAUGUGAUAAUAACGGCAGACAUUGACAACACAUCCAAUGAUUUUGAUUUCAUGAGUGAAAGACAGACACAAAUGACACCAAAGAGUCUGCCAUUGAAUGCAUCGACAGAUGUGUUGAACACAACCCAAACAAAUGGACACUUCAUAACACUUCCAAUGCUUUUGUGUCCCGUCUCUGGAUGUGGUCUAACAUUCAUUACUCAAAAGUUUCUCGACAUUCAUCUCCAGAAACACACUUCACGGACAUCACCGCCGAAGAAGAAGAACUCAGUGAACACUCGAUAUAAACCUACAGCGGAAGACCUGAUACUGCGGCCACACAUGUGUUCGACAUGUGGGCGAAGGUUUAAACUAUUGAGAUAUAUGACUGAACACAUCCAGUGUUUCCACACUCGGGCUGCAGUCGACCGGCCGUUCAUCUGUGAAUACGACGGGUGCGGCAAACGAUGGCCAACCAAACUGAGGCUUUUGGGACACAUUUCAACGGCGCAUAAAAGACAGAACACAAGCGGCAAAACAGUCCGUAAGAGAGCGGACACCGAGAGCUCCACCACUUAUUCCGACGAUAAUACUUGCGAUGGACUUGAAAUGAGUGAUAGCCAAGAGUUUCGCGACUUUCAUUUCCAAAAAGACACUUUACGGACAUCACCACCGAAGAAGAAGAAGAAGAACUUAGAGAACACUCGAUAUAAACCUACAGCAGAAGACCUGAUUCUGCGGCCACACGAGUGUCCGACAUGUGGGCGAAGUCGACCGGCCGUUCAUCUGUCAGUACGACGGGUGCGGCAAACGAUGGCCAACGAAACAGAGGCUUUUGGUAUUAAACAGUUGAGAUAUAUGACUGAUCACAUCCAGUGUUUCCACACUCGGGCCGCAGUCGACCGGCCGUUCAUCUGUCAGUACGACGGGUGCGGCAAACGAUGGCCAACGAAACAGAGGCUUUUGGUACACAUUUCAACGGCGCAUAAAAACCAGGACAUAACCGGCAAAACAGUCCGUAAGAGAGCGGACACCGAGAGCUCAACCACUUGUUCCGACGAUAAUACUUGCGAUGGACUUGAAAUGAGUGAUCACCGCGCGAAACGAGCGAAGAACUCAUCACAACAUUCAACACUUGAAACGGAUCCACACGUAUUGAACGCGGAUAGUGACGGUAUCGAUACAGUGACCGCUUCUACAAGUAAUGAUUUGUCAUUAACACCCAUUCACGAGACAACACAUGCCGUCACGAAAUCCGCCGCCGCUUCGGUCGAUGAGGAGAGACCACAUGUGUGUUCACACAAUACAUGCGGCGCAGCCUUUAAAAUGAAAGGACAUCUCACUGAACACAUCCGAGCCAUUCAUUCGAGUGAUAAACCAUUUGAAUGCAAAGACUGUGGCAAAUGGUUCCCAACGAGGAGUCGCUUAGGAAGCCAUCAAAUUCGUAGUUGCGAUAAGAACUGGCGUGUCGUGUGUUCGGCCCCGGGAUGUGAUCAACUGUUUAAAUCAAAGUACAAUAUGAAUGAACACCGAUUGAGAGCGCAUAUCGGGAACCCAUACGAGUGCAAGCAUUCCGAGUGUGGACAACAAUUUGAUACCAAAGAGCUUUUCGAUCAACACUUGUCGACACAUUCCUCUGAUAACAUUUCUGGUGAACCCGAGGAGUGGCCUGAAACGAGUCCAGAAGACACACAACUAUUUAAUGAUACAGAGAAUGAGAGUAUUGAUUCAUUGAGCUCUGCCUCAAGAACUAAGCGGUCCUCGAAAUCCAACCACAAGACAACACAUGCCGUCACUAAACCCUCCGCACCAGUCGAUGAGGAGCGGCCACACGUGUGUCCGCACAUGUCAUGCGGCCGAGCCUUCAAAUCCGUUUCACACCUCACGGAACACAUGCGAGCCAUCCAUUCGAGUGAUAAACCAUAUGAAUGCGAAAACUGUGGCAAACGGUUCCCAACUGGGACUCGAUUAGCGCACCACAGAUUGACAAUGUCUCGCGGGCGCAGAUGGUCUGUUGUGUGUACGGCUCCCGGUUGUGAACGAAUGUACAAAACGAAGCGGUCGAUGAAUGAGCACCGAUUGAAAGUGCAUUCGGGCGACCCAUACGAGUGCAAGCAUUUCCAGUGCGGACACCGAUUUGAUAACAAAGAACUUUUCGAUGAACACUCGAACACUCAUUCCGACCAUAAUAUGAGUUGCGGUCGACUCAUGGGCGAAAAGCGGACCACUUAUAGGAAAUUAGUUAAUAAAUCACACAAAAACAUAACGUAUGAAAAGGUGUCGAAGAAUGUGUCCGAAGACACGCCGGCAUUGAAUGACACGAAUGGCGACACCACUGAUGACAACGAUAUGAGUGAUAGCAAAGAGGCGGCCGCUGAACGUUACGAUACGUAUUACUACCCGUUUGUCUGCACUCACGAGUCGUGUGGCCAAAAGUUUAACACCGAAAUGAAUUUCAACCGACACUUAGAAGCGGUUCACUUACAACAGCGGCCAUACGUUUGCGAUUAC